AUGUUUACCCAAGGGUUAGACAACAAUGCUGUUAGAUGGGUAAAAGAGGGGUCAAAUAAUAUCAAGAAGGAAGUUCCUUACUUUAUGUCAAAUCAACAACCUCAAAUCAACCCCAUUUCCUCACGAAACAUGGGCAGAGGGUUCGGGCUGCCCCCAGCUUCAAAAUUCAGAAGCGGGCAUCUGCCCGGGAUUGUUCCAAUAUCUCAAGUCCUGCCCGGGGAAGAUACAGAUUCAGCUUCUGAAAAUGACAUGUCAACGGAUUCAGAAGGUGAGGUGUAUGGUGGACGAUACUCACUAGAUUCCUCUCACCCGGAUGACAUAGUUCCUCCUAGUAGUAGGUACCAUGAUCCUCUACAGAUGCGCCCACAGUAUCAUGUGUACUCUAGUGAUGUGAGUUCUUGUGUUGAAACAAUGGGAAGUAGAGGAAAAGAGAACGUGGUUGAUAGAUUUAAAGGAAUUGAGAAAAACCAAUGCCAUGUUAGAAAUAGUGUUUAUACUGAAGAUGAAUCGGAUGAUGAUGAUGAUUCAAGAGGUAGCUCAGAGUUGUCAACUACACAAGUCAAAAAAGAUGUUUAUCCUUCUCAUGUGUCACGAGCCAAUGAAAAUGUUACCUCAAGAAAUGAUUUGGGUGCUCAAAACAUUCAGGAUCACAAGGCAUUUGAUGAAGACAUUCCUAGUGCACCUCCAUUUGUGGGCCCAGUUGAAGAAAUCAAACAAGAAGAAUUCCAACAUUCUAAAACGAAUCAUAUGCCAUUAAGAGACGAGGUUUCAAAACAAUCUAAUAGCAAUAAUGUUUGUGGUGAAGGUGGUGCAUCUUCAGGAUCAAUUCCUGCUCGACUUCCCACAUUUCAUGCAAGCUCACUUGGGCCUUGGCAUUCUGUGGUUGCGUAUGAUGCAUGUGUUCGGCUUUGCCUACAUGCAUGGGCCAAGGGUUGCUCAGAGGCAGUCAUGUUUUUGGAAAAUGAAUGUGCUUUAUUAAGAAGCACAUUUGGUUUGCAACAAACAUUAUUACAAUCAGAGGAAGAACUGCAUCUAAAACACUCUUCAGAAUCAGAAGUUGCUAGCAAAGGAGCUGCAACAAAACCAAAGAAAAUGGUUGGGAAGAUGAAGGUGCAAGUUCGAAAACAUGACAAACUAAGGUGGUGGUGUAUAUACCGAGAACCAGAGCAUGAGCUUGUUGGAAAAAUCCAACUUUAUAUAAAUUAUACAACAAGUUUGGACGAUAGUCUCAAGUGUGGUUCUGUUGCUGAAACGGUGGCAUACGACAUUGUUAUGGAGGUUGCCAUGAAAGUUCAAAACUUCCAACAAAGAAAUUUACUUUUGCAUGGUUCAUGGCAAUGGUUGCUCAUUGAAUUCGCAUCAUAUUAUGGUGUUUCUGAUGCUUACACAAAGCUAAGAUACCUUUCGUACGUAAUGGAUGUUGCUACCCCAACAGCUGAUUGUGUCUCACUUGUCUAUGACUUAUUGUUACCAGUUAUGAUGAAGGGAAAUACCAAGAGUGCCCUUAGCCAUCAAGAGAAUAGAAUAUUAGGAGAGAUUGAUGAGCAAAUAGAGCAGAUUCUUGCACUUGUUUUCGAGAACUACAAGUCACUAAAUGAGCAAUCUCCAUCUGGCAUUAUGGACGUUUUUACCCCUGCCACUGGGGUGGCAGCACCCGUGUUGGAACCUGCUGUGAAACUUUAUAAACUUCUUCAUGAUAUAUUGUCUCCUGAGGCACAAAAUAAACUAUAUAGCUACUUCCAGGCUGCUGCGAAGAAAAGAUCUAGAAGACACUUGACUGAAACCGAUGAAUAUGUGAGUGGAGUUGGUGAAGGCAAUUUGAUGGAUUCUGUUGCUAUUUCUACAGCUUAUAAGAAAAUGAAAUCUCUUUGUAUGAACAUAAAGAAGGAGAUUUUUACAGACAUUGAGAUCCAAAAUAGCAAUAUACUUCCAAGUUUUAUAGACCUACCAAAUCUUUCAACAGCAAUAUACAGUGCAGAACUCGCAAGCAGAUUAAGAGCCUUUCUUGUUGCAUGCCCUCCAACGGCUCCUUCUCUUCAUGUUGCAGAGCUUGUAAUUGCAACUGCAGAUUUCCAGAAGGAUCUUGCUUCUUGGAAUAUCAAUCAUGUCAAAAAUGGAGUUGAUGCAAAAGAAUUGUUUCAUUUGUAUAUCAUGAUAUGGAUUCAAGAUAAGCGUAUGUCUCUCCUGGAGACAUGUAAGAUGGAUACGGUGAAAUGGUGUGGAGUGAGGACACAACAUUCAACAACUCCAUUUGUAGAUGAGAUGUAUAAUCGUCUUAUAGAGACUUUGAAUGAUUAUGAGGUCAUUAUAAGCCGUUGGCCAGAGUAUACCUUUGCUUUGGAGAAUGCGAUUGCUGACAUUGAAAAGGCGAUAAUUGAAGCCUUAGACAAACAAUAUGCAGAUGUAAUUGCACCUUUGAAAGAAAAUAUGACACCAAAGAAGUUUGGGCUGAAAUAUGUCCAAAAGCUCACUAAACGAACCACACAUCCUUAUGUGGUGCCUCCCGAGCUUGGGAUUCUCUUGAACUCUAUGAAGAGGAUGCUAGAUAUUUUACGACCUAAAAUUGAGCUCCAAUUGAAGUCAUGGGGUUCAUGUUGCAUUCCUGAUGGGGGAAAUGUGGCACCUGGAGAACGUUUAAGUGAAGUCACAGUGAUGUUUAGAUCAAAAUUCCGGAAUUAUAUACAAGCAGUUGCUGAGAAGCUUCUGGAAAAUACAAGAUUACAUAACAGUACAAAACUGAAGAAAAUCCUUAAAGAUUCCAAGGAAAGUGUGGGGGAAUCUGAGAUUAGAUGCAGAAUGCAACCAUUAACAGAGCAGCUUACGAAUACAAUGAAUCAUCUCUAUAACAUCUUUGAGACUCAUGUUUUCAUUGCAACAUGUCGAGGGUAUUGGGACCGAAUGGGACAAGAUGUUUUGAGUUUUCUUGAGAACAGGAAAGAGAAUCGUUCGUGGUACAAAGGUUCAAGAGUUGCCGUUUCUAUUUUGGAUGAUACAUUUGCAUCACAAAUGCAACAAUUGGUGGGAAACACGCUUGAAGAAAAGGAUGUUGAACCACCAAGAUCCAUUGUUGAAGUGAGGUCAAUGCUCUGCAAGGAUGCUGCUAGCUACAAGAAUGAUACUUUCUACUAUUAGAAAGUUUCUGUUUUGCACAUACAGAUACAAGAACAAGAUGGCUGAUGGUGUUGACUUUUGGUCAACCCAGGGCCAAUUUUUGUGCGUUUUUGCUACAACUACUCCCCUUUUGUUUAUCUCAUGUCAUGAGCCUGUUAAAAUUGGUUAUUUAUAUGUAGUUGACAUCAACUGAGUAUAGAAAAUGAUUUCUUGAUGUUUACAUUACAUUAUAGCUAAUUACAAUUAGGAUCAAGAGGAAAGAUGAUUUUUAGCGUUGGAUUCGUCAUAUUCAUAAUUCUUAACAUAAUUUAAAGCAAUGUGAUUCUUCGUUGUUUGUGGGUGGUUUGACUUUAUUAUAU